GUAAGUACUCCCGAGUCGCUCCCUCCCAUCUCUCCCUCUGUAGUAGUCGCAGGGGUUCAGAAGGAACACCACGGUUUCAAAGAAUUCGAACGGUAGAGCCGUAAUCUUUCGAAAGGCUCGAACGUUCUUCUUCGGCAAGGCACGGGAAUUAGAAGUGGGAAGGGAGAGAGAUGUCAAACGUGGUGGUUCUGGACAAUGGUGGAGGACUGUGCAAGGCUGGAAUUGGUGGUGACAGGAACCCAACAGCAGUGGUGCCUAACUGCCUGGGCCGCCCUUCUGCCUCCAAGAAAUGGCUGGUUGCUGACCAACUUCAAGCUUGCGAAGACCUGACUUCGGCCACACUCCGCCGCCCAUUUGAUCGCGGCUACCUUAUCAACCCAGACCUCCAGAAAGAAGUUUGGGAUCGGAUAUUCCGUUCCCUUCUCCAUGUUGACCCUACAGCCUCGUCCCUUCUCCUCGUGGAGCCCCUUUUUAAUCUCCCUUCUAUCCAGCAUGCCACCGAUGAGCUUGUCUUUGAGGAUUUUGGGUUCCGCUCCCUUUAUAUUGCCGACUCCCCCUCUCUUGUCCACCUCUAUGAGGCCAGUCACCGUCCUGAUGGUCUCAUCUCCAAGGCCCAAUGCAGCCUUGUUGUUGAUUCUGGCUUCUCGUUCACCCAUGCUGCUCCAGUGCUUCAGAAUUUCACGAUCAACUAUGCUGUGAAGCGGCUUGAUCUUGGCGGUAAGGCCCUCACUAAUUACCUCAAGGAGCUUGUAUCUUAUCGAUCCAUCAAUGUCAUGGAUGAGACUUUUCUAAUGGAUGAUGUCAAGGAGAAGCUUUGUUUUAUUUCCCUUGAUGUCCCUCGUGACCUCCAGAUUGCCAGGAGACGCGGAAGGGACAAUCUUUUCAGGUGCAGUUAUGUCCUUCCUGAUGGUGUAACACAUAUGAAAGGUUUUGUAAAGGACUUGGAUGUAGCACAGAGAUGCCUCACUAUGCCGGAUGAGGACCUGUCUCAACCAGUAGAAGGAAGGGAAGAUGGUCAUUCAGAAUUUGCAGAAAAACUUGAAGACAGAAAGAGAAUCGAUUUGACAAAAACUGAGGUUACCUUGACAAAUGAGCGUUUCCUUGUACCAGAGAUGAUUUUCCAUCCUGCUGAUUUAGGCAUGAACCAGGCUGGACUGGCAGAGUGCAUUGUUCGAGCUGUAAAUUCUUGCCAUCCUCACCUUCACCCAGUACUCUAUGAAAGCAUCAUCUUGACUGGUGGAAGUACAUUGUUUCCACGAUUUGCUGAGAGACUGGAAAAGGAGCUACGUCCUCUUGUACCUGAUAACUACCAAGUGAAGAUAACAACUCAAGAAGAUCCCAUUUUGGGUGUUUGGAGAGGGGGUUCACUUCUGGCAUCUAGUCCGGAUUUUGAGGAAAUGUGUGUUACUAAGUCUGAGUACGAGGAGCUUGGAUCUGCUCGCUGUCGCCGCCGCUUUUUCCACUGAGCAUCUGUGCAAAGAAGGGUAUCAGAGGCAAGAUUCAAAUUUCAUUUAUUGAGGUCAACCUGAAUAAGUAAAGAUGCCCAACUGCUUGGACAAAGUGCCAGUAUACCCACCUGCAAGGAUUGAAAUGCUCCAUGGAGCAUUUUAUGUGAAAAGAGUAUAUUUUAGGGAGUACUCCUUGUCAUAACUGGUUUCAUGAGUUCAUUUUAUACCUGAAACAUGAAGAAUCUGAGUUGCAGAAUCUACACCAAAUGGUACAAGAUAUGCAAACAUCAAAGCAGAUUGCCGCAUUUCACUGCCUGUUCGCAAGAGUCAUUGUGCCAUUUGAACCCACUGCUGCUCUAGCUUCCAGAAAGAGAGUUCACUUCUUCUGUUUCAGUAUGAAGCAUGGUUUUCUGUUCUUGGAAACAGGAAGGCUGGUGUUAUGAAAGGAUUUGAACAGGGAUCUGAUUUGGCAAAUUGGUUGGUCGACCUGUUCCACACCUCAUCCCGUUCCCAUUUGACAAAUUACAGCCAGAUGGCCAUCUGCCUUUCGAUUUUCAAUGGUAAUUGUUUGGAGAGAAAACUGGUGGCCAUAUGAUUGAUGUCAACCAGGAGAUCUCAAAUGUGGCUUUACCAGAAGUUCUGCCGUAAGUUGGACAAUCUCUGCCUCAUCAACCAUCCAGUAGGUGAAAAAAAUCUGCAUUUCUUGACUUCAAAGCCUUCUUGUCAUAGCAGUUAACCCUUUCUGCUCUUUUGUAAAUCAACAAGUACAUUUUGGGGCAUGGAGCCAUGGAGAUCACUGUCACUCACUUCUGCCCAUUUUUCUUUUGUUGCUUCAAAUUGUCUGUUUUACCUACCUCUGAUACUUCAAUUUUCUGAAUCCACGCUUUAC